UUGUUGUCUGCAGUGCACUACGGGAGCCUCGGGAUCUCAUUUGUUUCAACUUGUUUGUACAUCUUUGAUAGUUGAGCAACUAUUAGCAACACGACCGCCUGGGGCCUUUCAUAAAUCCUUGUCCAGGAAACAAGCCCCGCCCACCCGGGCUACUCCCACCAAUGACGGCAGCAGAGUCCUCCCUACUGUGGGCUUUGUGCACGGGCUCUGUGUGCUCCGCGGCGGAGAAAAACGUGUAUUCAUCCCGUGUGCUGUGACACUGACAGUGACAAACAAAGUUGGCUGCGCGGACGGAGCUCGGGGUCAACGGGAGAGCGCCUUUUUUCGCUAACGCUGCAUCCAAACAGCGCCGGACAAACGAGGGGGAGUCGGACGGGGAGAUGCACGCAUGCAUCAGCGUGUGUGUGUGUGUGUGUGUGUGCAGAUAUUUGGAGGCUUUCUAGGAAUGAAAGCCUGCUGAUGAUACACACUCUGGACUCACGCGUUUGCUGGCACGGAAUAAUCAGCUAUUUCACACAUUUUUCAACGGGAUCAUCGAGAAAGGCAUCAUUUCGCUCUCCAUGGUGCUCGAAAGAGAAAUGGACAGGAUCGGGACCACCAUGCAGAAGAAGGCUGCAGAACUGGAGCGACUGGCCGAAGUGCUGGUCACUGGAGAGCAGCUGAGGCUGCGCCUGCAUGAGGGGAAGGUCAUCAAAGAUCGGAGGCACCACCUUCGAACUUACCCAAACUGUUUUGUAGCCAAGGAGCUCAUUGAUUGGCUGAUCGAACAUAAGGAAGCCUCAGACCGGGAAACAGCCAUCAAGAUCAUGCAGAGACUCUUAGACCAGAGCAUCAUUCACCACGUGUGUGAUGAGCACCGGGAGUUCAAAGACUUGAAGCUGUUGUACCGGUUCAGAAAGGACGAUGGUACCUUCCCGCUGGACAGUGAAGCCAAAGUCUUCAUGAGGGGGCAGAGGAUCUAUGAAAAGAUCAUGAACACAGAGAACAACUUAUUGCAGACCCGAGAGGAGGAAGGGGAGUCAUUUGAGCGAGCGCUGGUGGCCUCAGAGUUCACCGACUGGCUGCUGCAGGAGGGGGAGAUGCCGACCAGGGAGGAGGCCGAAAGGCUGGGCAGGCGGCUUCUUGAACAUGGAAUCAUUCAGCACGUCACCAACAAGAAUCACUUUGUCGACGGGCCUCUCCUUUACCAAUUCAGGAUGAACUUCCGGCGACGGCGGCGUCUGUUAGAGCUCCUACAUGAGCGAGGCCGCAGCAUCCCAGAAAGCCAUGACAGCCCUUUCUGUCUCCGUAAACAACAGUCUGAUGGAGGCAACACCAGCUUCCUCUCAGUGAGUCCCACCAAAGAGAUAAAAGUUGUGGUCGGAGCCCGGAGGAGCAGCAUGAGCAGCAGCUGUGGCAGCAGUGGUUAUUACAGCAGCAGUCCAACCCUCAGCAGCAGUCCACCUGUCCUCUGCAACCCGAAAUCCGUUCUAAAGAGGCAAGUGAGUCCAGAGGAGCUGCAGUCACCAGGAGGGCCUUUUGUAAAGAAGACAUUCACUAUUGUCGGUGAUGCUGUGGGCUGGGGUUUUGUGGUGCGAGGCAGUAAACCCUGUCACAUCCAGGCUGUGGACCCGGGUGGACCUGCUGCAGCUGCUGGAAUGAAGGUGUGUCAAUUUGUGGUGUCUGUGAAUGGACUGAAUGUCCUCUGUCACGACUACCGGACCGUCAGCAACCUGAUUCUGACCGGACCCAGAACAAUCGUCAUGGAAGUCAUGGAGGAGGUACAAGUUUGAUGAGUAAAAAACAGAAAAAAACCUUCAGAUGUGUGGAACAAAAACACAGUAAAGAAAAUGGGACUAGAAAGUCUGGUAUGUGACGUCACAACCACAUCCAGAAACAUGAGAAUGGAUGACUUGAAACAGCUUAUACUAUCUCUUGUUUGAACAAGGUGGGUGAUUGAGAAACAGCGUGUGCUUGAGAAUAAUUGACUGCACCUCCAGAGAAACUGUGCAGGCUGUUCAGGAUGUUUGGUUUAACUUUGACUUUUGUGGUCAAGCUGUUCCCAUGUACGCACAAAGACUGCCAAUCUGAGUGAGAAUGCCCUCAGUGUCCUAUGUAGAGUAGGAAAAGUGCAUGUCCUGUUUGUGUUUUGAUCACUAGGUGUUUUGUGAUCCCCAGAGUGUUAAAAGAACAAGUUAUGUUAUUACAAGACUAAGUCAAAGGUGAAACUGUAAAAAUAGACAUGAACAUUUCAUGGUUACAUUUUAUGACAACUGCCCCAGCCAUGAGGUUUCUGACGUCCCCACACUGCCCUAUGCUGGUCAAUGGGUUUGUUGCAAGAGAAACAAACCCUACUGUAAACAGGUUCGUUUUCAGAAAAUGUUUCAACUGCACAAUUCUGGUGCAGCAACAGGUUUAUGAAACAUUAUACUUUUUUUUUUUUACUAAGUGGAUACAGAUCAGAAAUGUCAACAUGUCUGGAUUUCUGAGAGAUGCAAUGAGCAGUUUGCAUGAGACUUCACCAAAUAAGAGCUAAAAUAUGAUCACAUUACCAAACUCUCUCCAAAGCAUUCAUGUAAAACUGGCAAAGUAUGCUUUGUGAUUACCUUUGAUACUUAUACUGCUUUAUAUGUUGAUAAGAUCUGAGUAAAGACUAGAAGGAGCAUGUUAGCGCUUGAACAUCGAGAGAUGUCAAAGAGGGCAUCCAUCAACGAUGUUGCAAGGUUUUGAAAUUUGAUCUACAUUUAUCCUGAUCCGCUCCAGAAUAUCAGGUUCUUUCUUUAUUCAGACCGCAAGUCUAAGUUAAUGAAAUUGAUCUUGAUAAUGAUAACCUAAAAUUGCAACAAAAAAAAGAAAAAAAAAAGGAAAAACUGUCACAUAACGUGUUUGGCAGAAGUUAAAACAUUGUUAUUUGAUAAAAGUACUUAUGCAGGUACAUAAUUUCUGUAAAACAAGCUACAGAAAACAAAUGCUAUGAUGUACCUCUCCUUCUUAAACUGUUUUAGAGCAUGUUUCAGAUGGAGAAUCACACGUGCAGUAGGUACACAUCCACUGUGUUAUUUGAUUUGUUUUUUCUUUUUGUGUUUUAUCCCUACUAUUAAAACAAUGGCCUCAUGUAACAUCUUUGUCCAGCCAUGAUUUUUUUUUUACAUGCCUUUUUUUCUCUCAAGACUUUUCUGCCAAGUAUAAACUUAUCCAAAUAAAAAGUCCACUUUUGCCACACAGUAUUAAAACACCUUCUCUUUUCAAACUCACGUCCCAAGGCCACUGAAGAAGCACAGAUUUCUACAUUUAAUUUCCUCCUUUUGGCACAUUUGGGUUUAAAUGCUCUAAACCAUAAACUAAAAUGACCAGAUGCAAGAUAACUUUUUCUUAAAUAUGUAAGACUUUAGGUUAAAUGACUCUUGAAAAGAGAACGUCUUUGAAAGAAAGAAGGUUUGGCAUUGAAACAAAUGGAUCAGCCUACAAAAUAACAUAUUCGACUGUAUGUUUAUAAACUAUACUAUCACAUGUUUAAUGAUAAAACUUAAAUCUACUUAAACAUAAUUUAGAUUAAGUAAAACCAAUGGAUUUUCAAACUGCUCAUAAAUGAAGUCUGUGAUUUAGAUUUUUGUUGUAGGUAAAACUAUAGAAAGUAAUAAGUACUUAGUUUAGAUCUAAAGUAAAAUUGUAAUAGAGAAACCGAACUAAAACAGUGAAAUGAACUUGUGCGGUUUCCAAAUGGGGCUCAUUUGUUGUUUCCUGAUGCUUUAUUCUCAUAGGCAGAGAAAUGCAUGGAUACUGUAAAUAGCUUCAUAUGUAGCUCUUUUAAUCCAGAAAACUUCCUUCGUAUCUUGACUAAUAGGACUGAUUAAUCUGAUAAAUCAUUUUAGAUAUAAAGCUGCUUUAAGUCAUUAAAAAUAUUCGGUUGUACAUCUUAUAAGACGGUGAUAAUAUCCUCUGCUGAGCAUAUUGUUCAUGUUGCUGAACUCAUGAAUCCACUGAUGUUUACAGAAUAUAUCAUACAGUAUUCCAAACUCAAGGAGACUUUUUCAAAUGUUUACUGUGCACAAAGAAAGAAAUAAACAUUUUAGAUUUCAUACCUCUUCAAUAGCUGAUAAAAUGUUUGUACGACGCCAUAUAACACAUUUUUACUGUAGAUGUUAUUAGUUAAUUGUAGUUCAUAUUGACACUUGACAUUGAUUUUCU